AUGAGAGAUACUACUACUACUACUACUACUACUACUACUACUACUACUACUACUACUACUACUACUACUACUACUACUACUACUACUACUACUACUACUACUACUACUACUACUACUACUACUACUACUACUACUACUACUACUACUACUACUACUACUACUACUACUACUACUACUACUACUACUACUACUACUACUACUACUGCUACUACUACUACUACUACUACUACUACUACUACUACUACUACUACUACUACUACUACUACUACGAAUAAUAAUAAUAAUAAUAAUUCAUAUUCCAUCCAUUUCCUAUUACAAUCUUUCAGUCAAAGUUAUUACAAGUACAUUUUUCAGGUGUUUUUUUUAAAUCAUUCGAACUUCUUUCAAUCAAGUCAACUUGAUUUUUCUAAAUAG